UAUAUAUCUCACAAUUGUUUGAAACGUAUUUGCCAUGUUUUUACCGGAAUACUGAACUGUAGCACUUCUCUUCUUUCAAGUUAUGGCAGAGGAGUCCAAUUCUCUGGAGCAUACACCAACAUGGGUGGUGGCUGUUGUCUGUUUUGUCAUCAUUCUCAUCUCUCUUUGUGCCGAGCGAGGUCUUCAUAAACUUGGAAAGUGGUUGAAGCGGAACAAGCAGAACGCUCUCUUUGAGGCCUUACAAAAAUUACAAGAGGAAUUGAUGCUUUUAGGGUUCAUUUCCCUUCUUUUGACCGUUUUUCAAGAUGCAAUAAGCCAUAUAUGCAUGCCAACUUAUCUUGGAUCCUUCAUGCUUCCCUGCAAAAGGCAUACAGUCUCACACAAAAAAUAUUCUCUUGGAGCUGUAAGUGCUCGGCGACAGUUACUGACUACAAAAUCUGGUUCAGAUCAUUGUUUAAAUAAGGGGAAGAUUCCAUUUUUAUCAAUGGAAGCAUUACACCAGUUGCACAUUUUCAUCUUUGUAUUAGCAGUUGUUCACGUUAUCUUUUGUGUGACUACCAUGGUUCUUGGAGGAUUGAAGAUAAGACAAUGGAAGCAUUGGGAGGCUUCAGUUAAGCGGUCAGCGGAGGCUGGUACUCCCAAGGACACUCUUAAACGCCAUCACAUUACAUUUUUUGAUGCACGUGCAAUUGGAUAUUGGAGAAACGCAGCUGUUGUGAGUUGGAUGAUAUCAUUCCUCAAACAGUUUUAUGGCUCUGUUACUAAGUCAGACUAUGUAGCACUUCGACAAGGAUUUAUAAUGACUCAUUUGCCAAGAAAACCUGACUUUGAUUUUCAUGGGUACAUGACACGGACACUUGAAAGGGAUCUCAGAAAAGUUGUUGGCAUAAGAUGGCACCUGUGGCUAUUUGUUGUUGUCUUUUUGCUGCUGAAUGUGGCAGGAUGGCAUACAUUCUUUUGGUUAUCAUUUCUGCCAAUAGUGCUUCUACUUCUUGUGGGCGCGAAGUUAGAACACAUAAUCACCCGUUUGGCUCAGGAGGUAAAGAGAAAAACGGAGGAUCAAGAGUUAGGACCAGUGAAACCUAACUCAGUGAAACCAUCCGAUGACCACUUUUGGUUCGGUCGUCCUGGCAUUGUUCUUGACUUGAUACACUUCAUUUUAUUUCAGAAUUCAUUUGAGAUUGCAUUCUUCUUCUGGAUAUUGUGCCUAUACGGAUUCGAAUCAUGCAUCAUGGAAAAACUGGGUUACAUCAUCCCAAGACUUAUUAUAGGUGUGAUUGUUCAAGUUCUGUGCAGUUACAGCACCCUGCCUUUGUAUGCUCUUGUUGCUCAGAUGGGAAGCAAAUUCAGGUUUAGUGAGGAGAUGCAAUCAUCUUUAGGAGACUGGGCUUCAUCUGUAAAGAUUAAAGUUGAAGCAAGCAAGAGGGGAAGUUCAGAUGCUAAUGGGAAACAAACGCAGACACAGGCACAGACGCAUAAGAUGACCCAAGAAUCAUAUGAAAUUGAAGAAAUGGUUGUUAUUGAAAGAGCAAAAACACCAAUAACUGAGUCCUCCCCAGUUUCUUAAAAAAAUUUAAGUUGGACCUUAAGUUUCAAGUAGGAAUUAUUAACUUUCAUCUAUUUUUAUCCUAUUUGCCUCGUAUAUUUCUUCUAUAUUCAUGUAAAAAAAAACUUGCUUUUAAUA